UUUACACUUUUCGUUCGUAGACCACAGACCACAGUACUGUCAUUGCCCGUCUGCUAGUAUCGCGUUUGUAUAUAUCUGAUCCGUGUCGCUUAUGUGUGAAAAACGUAAAAGAAAAGACUUAACAAUUAAUGAAAAAAUUUCAAUACUACAACGUUACGACAGUUUACCAAAAAUGGGGCAGCGUGAAGUAGCUAUAAAACUAGAAAUUUCCCAACCGUUAUUGUGUAAAUUAUUAAAAAAACGAAUUGAAAUAGAAAAUUUAGCAACACUUAAUAAAAAUCCAAACAUAAAGAAGCUACGCAGUGGGAAAGAAGAACAGGUUGAAACAGCAUUAUCAUUAUGGUUACUAAUGUUAGAAAAAAUGAUGCUCGCAUCAAUGGUCCAAUAUUGCGUCAAAAGGCAGAAGACCUUGCGAAAAAAUGGGUAUAGAAAAUUUUAUUGCCUCGGAAGGAUGGUUUCGUCGCUGGAAAAACAGCGAAAAUAUUGUAUACAAACGAACGUACGGAGAACAAAAAGACGCGGAUUUCUCAACAGCAGAAAAUUGGAUAAAAACUGAAUGGCCAAAUAUUAUUUCAGAAUAUACGCCCGACAAUGUUAAUAAUGCCGAUGAAACUGGGUUAUUUUAUCGUGCCUUGCCUGAGCGUACUUAUUUAUUCAAAAAUGAAAACGUAAAAGGCUGGAAAAGUAAAAACCCCCGUUGUUUUAAAUCUGUAAAAUGUUUACCAGUUGAUUACUACGCCAACACAAAUGUUUGGAUGACAUCGGUUAUUUUUAAUAAAUGGUUAAUGAAGUGGGAUAAACAAUUAAAUAAUAAAAUUGUUUUACUUAUUGACAACUGUCCAGCACACGUGAUUAAUGUAUCUUUAAAACACAUUAAAAUCAUAUUUUUACCAGCAAAUACAACAUAUUUUACAGGCAUUACCACAAACAAUUAAAUCUGAAAAAAUUGAAAAUGAAGAUACUGAUCUAGAACCACACAGAUACCAAAAAACCUCCAAGUUAUUUCGAAAUGAGAGAGGCCCUACAAGUUUUACGAAGAGGAGUGCACCAUCACUCAACAAAUUUUAAAUUACACUAUAAAUAUGAAAAUUUUAUCAAUGAUCUCUUAUCGGCACAAAAUAACAGACAUCAAUAAAAAAAUUUUAUUCAAAUUAAUAGUAGUUUAUAUAAUAAUAUUUACA